AUGCAGUCCGGCAUCUCCGCUUCGCAGGAGCUCAAAACCGCACUCGGCAGCCUCAUAACAUCCACCAGCCAGCGCGGUAUCCUAGCGACAAUCCAGAAGGAAACCAUUGUGCCCGGCGACACAAUAUCGUCCAGCGGCUCCACCUUCCUCGAUGACCUCAAGAACCUCCAACCCCACAUCAAGGACAAUGCCGCCCUGUAUAUUCUCCUUCGCCGCGCCGACAGUCUGAGCAGCGACGACAAAAGCCUCGUCGCAGUAACAUAUGUGCCCAAUUCGGCGCCAGUGCGCCAAAAGAUGCUGUUCGCAUCCACACGGCUGACGCUCGUCCGCGAGCUCGGCGGCGAACACUUUGCAGAAAGCAUCUUCACGACGGAAGCGUCUGAGCUGACGCCCGAAGGCUGGGAGAAGCACCUGGCUCACACGGCAUCGGAGAACCCGCUUACGGCGGAAGAGCAGUCGCUGCAGGACAUCAAGGCGGCCGAGGCGCUCGAGAGCCGGGGCACGCGCGGCCAGAGUCUCGCCCAGGGCGGCAAGCUGGCGAUACGAGCCGACGACGAGAUUGCAGAGGCGCUCAAGAAACUGGGGCAGGGCGGCGCGAAUAACGUUGUGCAACUGAGGAUGGACGGCGCCACGGAGACACUCAAGCUUGUUUCUUCCACUUCGGCGACCCCGUCGACUCUCUCCGGCGCCAUUGAUACCAAGGAGCCGCGCUAUGUGUUUUACCGCCACGACGACCCAGAUGCCUCCAUUGUCUUCAUAUCGACGUGCCCCAGCAGCGCAAAGAUCAGGGAACGCAUGUUGUACGCUGCGAGCCGCGGUAACGUCGUGUCGCUUGCGCAGGGUGACGGCGGCCUCAAGGUGGCCAAGAAGCUCGAAGCCACGAAUCCCGACGAGGUUACCGAGCAGGUGCUUCUCGAGGAAUUCAAGGUGGAGAAGAAGGAAGAGAGUAAAGGCUUUGCCAAGCCAAAGAGGCCUGGUCGACGGUAA